AAAAUUCAGUAGAAGUGACGUCACGUGAUGCCGGAAGUUUGCCCUUCGGCACUUUGGGUCCGAGCCUUCGCGGGAGCAGCGGCGCUCAAACUCGCAGGUGUUUAGCAGGAACUUCAAAAUGGAAGGUGACACCGCCGUCCGGAGGCUGAAGUCCUCACUAAAUAACGUGUCUUGUGAAAACAGCGGCGCUCCGAAGCGUGAAGGGAGCGGCUGUGAGGACGGGAAGAAAAAACACGGAGGCUCAUUCGUGCUAAGCGAAGGAGUCGCGUGCGCGCUCGUGCUUCUGUUUAUAUUCGCGCUUUGGGCUUCCAUGCAUUGGUCUGUAAAGCAGCUCGUUACAGGAAAACCCACCGGCGACUUCAACGCCACCAGGGCAAGGAAGUACCUGGAGCGCAUCACCAGUGUGGGGCCUCGACCCGCAGGCAGUCCCGAGAACGACAUCAUGACGGUGAACUUCCUGUUGGAGCAGGUGGAGCGGGUACGAAGCGAGAGCGUCGAGGGGCCUAACACCAUCACGGUGGAGAUGCACAAAUACAGCGGCUCGUUUAGCAUCGACUUCCUCGGCGGAUUCACAAGCUGCUACGAUCAAAUCACUAACAUCGUAGUACGUCUCGAACCCCGAAGCGGAGCUCAGCACUUCGUACUGGCUAACUGCCAUUUCGACAGUGUGCCCAGCAGUCCAGGAGCAAGUGAUGAUGCUGUAAGCUGCGCUGUGAUGCUGGAGGUGUUGCACUCAAUAUCCAAUCUUUCCAUUCCUCUAAAUCACGGAGUUAUCUUUCUGUUUAACGGAGCCGAGGAGAACAUCCUUCAGGCGAGUCAUGGCUUUGUCACUCAGCACGAGUGGGUGAAGCAGAUCAGAGCAUUUGUGAAUCUGGAGGCUGCUGGAGUCGGGGGAAAGGAGCUGGUUUUCCAGACAGGUCCUGAGAACCCGUGGCUGGUUCAAGCGUAUGUUCAUGCUGUUAAACACCCUUUUGCCUCUGUUGUGGGGCAGGAAGUUUUCCAGAGCGGGAUUAUUCCAUCAGACACCGACUUCCGCAUCUUCAGAGACUUUGGCAACAUUCCUGGUAUUGAUCUGGCCUUUAUUGAGAACGGUUAUAUCUACCACACGAAGUACGACACCGCAGAUCGCAUACUUACAGACUCCAUACAGAGAGCAGGUGAUAACAUCCUGGCCCUGCUGAAGCAUCUGGUCACCUCGGAAAUUCUGGCUGACCCAUCAGAAUAUCGGCAUGGUAGCAUGGUGUUUUUUGAUGUCUUGGGUCUAACGAUGGUGGCGUAUCCAGCACGAGUAGGUUCCAUCAUCAACUACAUGGUCGCCAUAGCAACCCUUAUCUACCUUGCCAAGAAAUGUUUGCGGCCUAGCAAUGUGGGUGGCCGGUACGUGUUGGAACUGGUGUACGGCUCGUGCGUGUUCGUGCUCAGCUGGUUCGUGGUACUGCUCACGGUUCUGAUUGUGGCGCUGAUGGUCACACUGCUGGGUCGCUCCAUGUUCUGGUUCACUCACUUUCACACCUCCAUCUUCCUGUACGGAUCUGUCGCAACUGGAAAGAUACUUCUGAUCCACACACUUGCCAAAAACCUCUAUUACAGAAAUAUGCGGAAGUUGGAUUUGGGCGACUUGUUCUUCGACGUCAGUCUGCUGUUGUGGUGUUGUGCCCUUGUUUUCCUCACUCAGCGUGGUCUGUGCUCGGCAUAUGUUCCCAUGCUCAUGGUGUUCUUCUCGCUCACCACCAAGCUGCUGCUCUCCAGACACUUUUUACAGAAAGGUGUGUCAAAGUCCUAUUUAGUCUUCUACCUGUUGGGUUUGUCUUUCCCCUACGUUCACCUGCUGUUCCUCAUCUGGAUCGUGUUUGAGAUUUUCACACCCAUUAUGGGACGCAGCGGCACUGAAAUCCCCCCCGACGUAGUGCUCGCAUCACUCGUUGCCAUGACAACCACCUUACUCUCCUCUUUUUUGAUUCACUUCCUGUACCUGGCACGCAGCACUAAGCAUGUGUUAGCUGCUUUAUGGACGAUUUUCGCUGUGAUGUUUGUCCUGGUUUCCUGCGGACUUUUCUUUCCGUAUUCAGGCGAUCCAGCGAGUCCACGACCCAAACGAGUCAUUGUACAGCACACAACCCGCACCUUUCAUGCUUUGGACGGCUCUCUGGAGAAAACGGAUUCGGGUUUUUGGAUCAACAGCUUCGAUUACACGGGAAUGAGCCACAUCACCCCUCACAUUCCUGAGAUUAACGACACCAUCCGCAUGCGCUGCAGUGACGAGUUACCCUUCUGCGGUUUCCCCUGGUUCCUUCCCGUCAAAUUCCUCAUCAAGAAGAACUGGUAUCUCCCUGCUCCUGCAGUGUCGCCUAAAUCUCCACUGGAGUUUAAACUGCUCUCCAAACACGUAUCCGAAUGGGGGACAGUAAAGUUGAGCUUUGAAGCUAAAGGGCCGAGCCACAUGUCCCUGUACAUCCUGCCCCACACGGGGUCUUCACUCACAGGCUGGUCGUUUGCGAACGGGACGCCGCAGUAUGAUCAGAACGGAGAAUAUUUUAUAUAUUACUCUCACGGUGUGGAUGCAGCACCGUGGACCUUCUGGAUUGAGGUUCAGCCAUCUUCAGAGCAUUUGGAUGAAGAGAGCAUGAUCUCCAUCGCCAUUUCACCUCACUAUUUGUUCGGAGACGAUCAGCACACCCCCGAGCUCAUGUCGUUUUUACGGAAAUUUCCGGACUGGGCUUUUGUGACUUCAUGGGUCAGCACUUACCACAUGUACCUGUACUGAGAGCUGCAAGCUGAGCGUCAGACUCCCAACGUGAUUGCAGUGAAAAGUCUCUGUGAAUCAGAACCACACACAUUAUUUACAACUAAACCAUGGUCAGGGUUGUGUAUUAAUAGUCUGCGUUCCCCCCCCCCCCCCCCUCCUUUUCUUCUCUCUCUCCAUGUGCAGCGGUUUUAAAAAUGCAAAGUAAUUAUGACGAAGUGUAGCGUCCAUGCCGUAUUGAAAUACACAACCAGUAUUCCACCACCAUCCCGUUUUAACACUGCACACUGAAGGAUCAUCAACGCUAACACGACUAAAGCAAACCAGCAGCUUUUUAAACCACUGUGAAGGACUGGCAAUAUUUCACUAGAGAGCAUUAUUCACUAAACUGUUCUGGGGUCAUGCGGUGACGUUUACACUGGGUCACAGCGUUGAAGAUGCUUUGUAUUAUAGUCUAAAUCGACUUAUGAAUUAUUAAUGAACGGUUCGGUCUUUGUACUGCAUGAGUUUUCUUAUUGCAAGUAGGUCUCAUUUUAGUAUUUAUUUACUACAAAGAAGACUCACUGACAGGUCAGCAAUAAAGUCCAUGAAAAAGGUA